UCGAGGCUCCUGGUUGGUUGCCGGCCCGGGAAAGGGCUCCAUUGUUUUCACUUUCCAUUCAUACGCGGGCGCGGAGCUGCAGGCCCGCUAAUCUUCCGUGAAAUGCCGUCGUUGCCCCCGAACCGAUGCGUCCUCCGUGUCCGGAUCUUCGCGCCGCGUCCGUUGGAUUUGGAUUUUUCCCCGGUGACAUGAGUUCGCGCGCCCGUUUUCGGAUUUUGUGACACGAACAAAGUUGAAGUUGCCCCUGCCAUGUGUGUGUGUCCCAAGUUCUGAUCCAUGUGUGCCACCUGAGACGGACUAAUGAAGCUGUUCACGAUAUUGCCUUGGGUCGUCUUCCUUGUGUCAGCAGACUCGGAAAUCAGUGACGAGACAGGCAACUACGACGAAGUCAGUAAAUCUGAUAACCUGCGACUUGACCUAGACGAGUUUCUGAAGACUUAUCCAGUCGGCUCCGGAGAAGUUGUCACAGAGGAUGGGCACAUCAAUCAUUACGACAGUGGAUUCGAUCAUAAAGGACCAGGCUCCAGUCAUCCAGGUCACCUAGGGCAUCCAGGACAUCCGGGGCACCCAGGACCUCCAGGGCAUCCAGGUCAUCCAGGUCAUUUAGGUCAUCCAAGUCAUCCAGGACAUCCCAGUCAUCCAGGACACCCGAGUCAUCCGGGACACCUAAGUCAUCCAGGACAUCCGGGUCACCCAGCUCACCAUCCAUCAUCUGGCGGUGGCUUCGUCCCCAGCAACGGUGGAUUUGUACCUAAUCACGGCUUGUCUUUCGAUGCUGACCUCGAGCGACUCAAAGCAGAGAGACAACUAGAGCAAACUCUAUUACAUGGAGGUGGGGGUCAUGGUUUCAUACCUAGUAACCCCCAUCCACCAUCCUACACCUCCGGCUACAGACCGGAACAUGUAGGACCUAAAAAAGUCCCGUACAGAAAUAACUACGAAGGAGGCGGCCCAGGUCCAGGAGCAGGUCCGGGACCAGGGCAAGGCUCUUAUCCAGGCAACGGAGGACAGGGCUUCGUUCCCUCCGGUGGCCAAAGCUUCAGCCCUGGUAGACCAGGUAAAAAUCUAGGACCGAAUUACAAGAAUGUAGCAAGUCCUGGUGGACCGUUGCCUCCACCCAGUGGUAGCGGUUUUCGUCCGAAUUCUCCUAGUGGAUUCAGUAGCCCGUCCAGUGGAAUCGGCUUCAAUGGGCACGGGGGUCAUGUAGCUGACAACGGUUUCAGAGGCCCAAGUUCCAAUGGCGGCGGUAGAAACCCCAUCAGCGGGCCAGGAUUUCCAUCUGGGGUUGAUGAUCCCAGUCUGAAUUCAUUUGCCAGCGAUUUCGACGAUUACAGAGAUAGCAACUCGGUCGACGGGCCCGGUCCGAGUGGGUUCGGUAGCCCUGGCGGCACGGAUUUCGACGAUACCUGGCGCGGCACUCCCACGCCGACACCCUUAGUGCCCACGCACAACCUAGUGCCCACUCAUGUCCAGCCCCCGACACAUAAUUUAAAGCCGAUUAUUCACAAGCAUGUGUACGUGCACGCUGCCCCUCCGGACGACGACCCCCCGCCGAGGCCACCAGUGGUGUAUCAUUCCACUCCCCCAAAACAGAACUACCAAAUAGUGUUCAUCAAGGCGCCAGCGCCUCCACCCCCCGCGGUUCCCGUCAUACCACCCCCACCACAACACCAAGACAAGACGCUCAUCUACGUGCUGCAUUCAAAGCCUGAGGACGCUCCACCCAUCAAAAUCCCGCCGCUGCCCCCGACCAAACCGAACAAACCCGAGGUCUUCUUCAUCCGGUACAAAGGCAACAAAGGUUCCCGCGAUGAGCUCAGCUUCCCGAACCUGCCCCCGGGCUUCGAGCUCCCGCCGUCCUUCUACCACCGUCGCUUCGGUCGACAGGACAAAAACCAGGUGCGACUUCCGCCACUCCCGGAGACCAAAUACUCCGAGGAGAACCAAUCUGAGGAGGCCGAUCAGCCCUGGAGCGGCGAGGAAUCAAGUCAAAGCAGCGACCAGAAACCUCUCUCCGAGCCGUCCAGCGCCGAGGAGUCGGACACCUCGACCUACCACGAACCUGGAUCCAACUACAAUGAACCCACCUCCGAGGGAGAAUCCACGCGCUCCGAGUCGAAGCGCAUGUGGGAGGCCGAGUCAAAGUGGAGUUCUGGACCAGACACGGAGAAAAGCGACUCUAACGAGUCUAAAUUAACGUGGGAUUCCUCGACGAAAAAAUCCGAGACCCCGUCCGUUUCUUCGGUUUGGAGCACUUCCUCGCCGAAACUCAACGAACAUCAUACUCCUUGGACGGCCUCCACGACGAAUUACGAUGACGUCCAAAGCUCGCGGAGUUCCUCCCUGGGGUCUGAUAGUGACAGCUUUUGGAGCACUUCAUCUCCAUCACUGAGUGCUCAUCAAAGUUCUUGGGAUGCCCCUUCGAAAAGUUCGGAUGAUAGACAAAGCUCCCGGACUAAUUCUUUGCCGAGGCAAAGCGAUACCGUAACUAUUUGGAGCACCUCUUCUCCCGAGAAUGAAGAUGAUCAUAAUUCAUGGAAAGCUUCCUCUGCUGAUCAUGAGGAAAAGCAAAGCUCUCGCAGUACUUCUUCUCCUAGAAAAGGCGAGAGCCUCAACCUUUGGAGCACAUCAUCUCCAAGAAAAAGCGAUAGUCUGAACCUUUGGAGCACCUCGUCUCCGAGACACUUUGAUGGUGAGAGUCCGUGGAGCACUUCCUCUCCGAGCCAAAAUAGUAAGAAGAGCUCUUGGAGCACGUCUCAUCCACGACAUGAUAGUCAGAGUUCUUGGGGAACCGCCUCCCCAAGAUAUGGCGAUAGUCCGUCGUGGAGUUCAACAACUCAAAACUCAGACUCUCAUCCAGCCAUUGAAAAGUCCGCGGGUGGCGGGGGCGGGGGUAUCCUCACGACGAAAUCGUCUUGGAAUACUGACACCACAGUCUACCGCGACUCGACGCUAUCGGAGUUCCCCGAUUCGAACCCCUCGCCAUCUAGGUUUAAGAGUCAGUCAGAGUUGCCACCUAGCUCGACUACUUGGCGCGGGCCUGACUCUGUCUCCUCUGAGGAUAUGGCAAAAAUGAUGGAAAGAAUCCACUCAGAAGAUAUUCUUAAAGUUGCGCCUAAGGUAGAUACGGCCACUAUGAGCUCCACCGAGUACUAUAAUGAAAUUAAUAAUCUUAGGAAAAGUGACGAUCUGAGAAGCGCCGAGAACGAGGAGAAUUACGUCAAGGUCAGUUUCAAAGGGAACGUUGUUCCAAGGGGAAAGAAUGCUCACUAGAUACUUAUUCUAAUUUCAAGGUGCUUCUCCUUAGUGUAAAUAUAUUCGAGGAGGAGAGUUUCAUGUGAAUCUUCCAUCACAUUAACAUUCAGCAGUAUGGUGACGAAAAAUACGUCUUUUUGCCACUAAGUAUGUCACUUGUCACUUUGAUAUUUUGAACGUUGGUGUGAUAUGGAUUACAAUAUUAUGAGGGUCCUUUUUUGUAAAUUUUUUUUUUCAAAGUGAUACAUGCGCAAAUAUUUUGAACAAAAGGAUUAUUUAAAUAAAUGCAUGAACGGAUUACGGAUUGACGCACGAGUAGUUUCUAGACAGAGUGUGACUGAUUUUGUCAAUGUGCGUUGAAAUUUAGUGUAGGUACAACUAAAAUGAAAAUGAAGUAAUGCAUUCUAUAUAAUGAGAAUCCCAGUUGUAUAGGUGUACUAAAUGUCAACGCACGUUGGAAAAAAUAGCCAUUUUUGUACUGCAAUCAUUGUAAAAUCUACGCAUUGUUUAUCCAGUAGUUAAUAGACUGAGAUACUAAAAAUAGCUGUAGUCGCCGUCGCCAUGGUGAGGAGACAUUUCAUUCGCAGAGAGGAAUAACAUGUAGGUAAAAUUGCAAUGGAAUUUAUGGUUGUUCUGGCCAGUUGUAAUAAUGUUUCCAAGAAAUUAUGAUCGCAUGUAAUUUUUGACUCCUUCUAAACUUCUCCGCAUUUCAAUUGCAGAAAAUAUUAUCAUUUCGUGCAAGGAAACUUACCUUUAAAAAGGUUCAAGAAAAAGUCAGGUUUGAAAGCCAACCUUGCCAAAUUUGUUAUGAGUAGAAAUGUGGAGACUAGUGUAUCGAAUAAUGAAAUUAUUGAAGCCGAAAUUCACAUUUCAGCAGCCAUCAUUUAUCACACGAUAGGCUGGUAAUUGAAUGUUUUAACGAUGAAAUGCAUGUGUAUUUAGAACUGUUUUUCAUGAGCUAUGGCAUUGCCAUGUUGCCUUUUAAAAAUUACUUAA